AUGAGUGCCGACGUCGCCUCCACGUACGCAGAUCCCGUGCACAUUGCCGUCAUAGGCGGCACCGGUAUCUCUCAUCUGCCCGGGUUCACGCACGUAGCCAGUCUGAACGUCGACACGCCGUGGGGCAAGACCUCGUCGCCCAUAUCCAUCCUUCACCAUGCUUCUCCAACCACGGGCAAGCAGGUGCCCAUCGCAUUUCUCUCGCGCCACGGUCUGCACCAUGAGUAUGCGCCGCACGAGGUUCCAGUGCGUGCGAACAUUGCGGCGCUGCGCAGCAUUGGCGUCCGCACCAUCAUAGCCUUCUCGGCCGUGGGCUCGCUCCAGGAAGAGAUCAAGCCGAGGGACUUCGUGGUGCCAGACCAGAUCAUCGACCGUACCAAAGGCGUAAGGCCGUUCACCUUUUUCGAGGGCGGCUUCGUCGGCCACGUCGGCUUCGGCGACCCGUUUGACGAAGGCCUGGCCAAGAUCGUGAGGAGAUGCGGCCACUCGCUCGAGGGCGAGGGCGUCAGACUGCACGACAAGGGGUUGUUGAUCUGCAUGGAGGGGCCGCAGUUCUCGACGCGCGCCGAAUCCAACCUGUACCGCUCCUGGGGCGGCUCCGUCAUCAACAUGUCCGCGCUGCCGGAGGCCAAGCUUGCCCGCGAGGCCGAGAUCGCCUAUCAGAUGAUCUGCAUGUCGACCGACUACGACUGCUGGCACGAGACCGAGGACGUAAAUGUGGCCAUGGUCAUGGCCAACAUGAAGGCGAACGCCGAAAACGCGAGGCGUUUCGUCGGCGCCGUGCUGGACGAGUUAACCAAGGAGGAGCACGCAGAGCAAGUGCUGGCGAAGCACGUGGAGGGCGGAAGCAAGUACGCAGUCUCUACCGCAGCUAGCGGGAGGUCUAAGGAGGCGGUCGAAAAGCUCGAGUGGCUCUUUGGCAAAGGCUAUUUCGGCUAA